GACACUAGAUGCUUUUUUUCCUGUUGCCCUGCGCUUGUGUUGUUUUGGUUAGCUGGAUGUUAGCCCACGCUUUCUGCUCUGCUGUAGCCGGCUGUAACGGUGAUGGCUCUCCCAUGAGGCGGGGGAGCGGCUCUGGGCUUUGUGGUUAAACGCCGAGUGAAGCGCCGUGGCCAUGGCCGGGGUUUUCGACAUCGAUUUGGAUCAACCGGAUGAGAAUGUCUCUGACGACGAACCUGAGGACGGGGGCCAGCUCAGUGAAUACAUGGAGCAGUGCAGUGGCUUUGAAUUUAACAUGGAUGACUGUGAGAAGUUUGAAAUUUCAGAGAACAGCGUGAACAAGGGAACAGAGCAGAUCAGGCCUGAAUGCUUUGAGCUGCUGAAAGUUUUGGGGAAAGGAGGCUAUGGAAAGGUAUUUCAAGUUCGGAAGGUCUCAGGUGCUACCUCUGGGAAGAUAUUUGCUAUGAAAGUUUUGAAGAAGGCCAUGAUUGUGCGUAACGCAAAGGACACAGCGCACACCAAAGCUGAGAGGAACAUUCUGGAGGAGGUGAAGCAUCCUUUUAUUGUGGACCUCAUCUACGCCUUCCAGACAGGGGGAAAGUUGUACCUCAUCCUUGAGUAUCUGAGCGGAGGAGAGUUGUUUAUGCAACUGGAAAGAGAGGGUAUCUUCAUGGAAGACACAGCAUGUUUCUACCUGGCUGAGAUCUCGAUGGCUUUGGGUCACCUGCACCAGAAGGGCAUCAUCUAUAGAGACCUGAAGCCUGAGAACAUCAUGCUCAACAACAAUGGGCAUGUGAAGUUGACAGACUUUGGUCUAUGCAAAGAGUCCAUUCAUGACGGAACAGUUACCCACACCUUCUGUGGUACAAUUGAAUACAUGGCUCCAGAGAUCCUGAUGAGGAGUGGACAUAACCGGGCAGUAGACUGGUGGAGUCUGGGAGCUCUCAUGUAUGACAUGCUAACAGGCGCACCGCCAUUCACUGGCGAAAACCGAAAGAAGACGAUUGACAAAAUCUUGAAAUGCAAACUCAGCCUUCCACCUUACCUCACACAAGAAGCCAGGGACCUUCUAAAAAAGCUGCUGAAACGAAAUCCCUCAUCGCGACUCGGGGCUGGACCAGGAGAUGCUGCUGAGGUUCAGGCUCACCCAUUCUUCCGGCAUAUAAACUGGGAUGACCUCCUUGCUCGCAAAGUAGAGCCUCCAUUUAAACCUUUCCUGCAAUCGGCCGAUGACGUCAGCCAGUUUGACUCCAAGUUCACCAGCCAGACUCCGGUGGAUAGCCCGGACGACUCCACGCUCAGCGAAAGUGCCAACCAAGUCUUCCUGGGUUUUACAUAUGUAGCCCCAUCUGUGCUUGAAAACGUCAAAGAGAAAUUCUCCUUCGAACCAAAAGUGCGCUCACCGCGGAAGUUCCCAGGAAGCCCGAGAACACCUGUGAGUCCGGUGAAGUUUGCAGGAGGGGACUGUUGGCCCCGGGGACCCACAGUGACAGGCAGCCCAUGCAUGCUGUCCCCUGGCAGCUCAGGAGAGCAACCCAUGGAUGUGUCAACAGUGGAGCAAAUGGACACAAGCAGCAGCGGCACCUCCGAGGCCUCGGCGCCACUUCCCAUCAGGCACCCUUCGGGCAUCAAUGCGGGGCCCUACAAAAAGCAGGCCUACCCCAUGAACUCCAAGCGGCCCGAACAUCUUCGAAUGAAUCUAUGACGCUCGGCUUGCCUGCGAACAUUAGGACUCUUCCAAUUCCUCCUCUCCUUCCCUUUUAUCAUUUUCUUUCAAAGAGACUUGUAGAAUUUUUUUUUUUAAAAAUUGACUGACACUGUCAACACCGAUCACCAGCUCUUCCAGCAGCGCCUUCCCCUCUUUGGCCUCCAAAAAACCCUCCUGACUCAGCCUGGCCUCCUCAGCCUGCCACAGAUAAUCAGCCGUUAACUGCAGAACAGUGGAUAUAAAAAGUCUGCACACCCCUGUUAAAAUGACAGGUUGCUGUGAUGUAAGAAAAUGAAACUAAGAUAAAUCAUUUCUGAACUUUUUCCACGUUUGAUGUGACCUAUAACCUACAAAAACAAAGUGAAACACUCUCUUAUAACCUCUUUUAACCAAUCACAUUCAAACUCAUUUUACUAGUAGUUAGUAUACACCUGCCAGCGAUUAAAGUGACUGGUUAAGCCCAGAUAAUGUUCAGCUGUUCCUGGAGGACUUGUUCCUCUUCUUGGUUGCAUCCAUGGUCCACAAAGAGCUUCCUAAGCAUGAAGGGGAUCUCACCGAUGAAAAGGUACCAAUCAGGAGAGGGGCACAGAUGAAUUUUUAAGGCACUAGCUAUACCAUGGAGCUCAGUGAAGACAGUCAUCAACAACUGGAGAAAAUAUGGCACAACAGUGACAUAGCCAAGACCAGGAAGUCCGUCCAAAAAUGGAUGAAAAGACGAGGAGAAAACUGGUCAGAGCGGCUGCUAAGAGGCCAAUGGCAAAAUGAAAGGAGCUGCAGGAAUUUCCUGCAAGCUGUUUGCUCCAUGUGCUACAUGUGACACAGCAGUCUCCAGUAUUCUUCAUAUGUCUGGGCUUUGGAGUAGGGUGGCAACAUGGAAGCCUUUUCUCACAAAAACUAAACAUCCAAGCCUGGCCCCAACUUUGGCUUUUGUCAGGGUGGAAUGAAUUAUGAUUAACUUCAGAUACCAGUGGGUUUUAGUACAAACCCCUCAGGCGUCUGCUAGAAAGCUGAAGGUAAAGAGGAAUUUCACCUUUCAGCAUGACAGCAACCCAAAGCACACAUCCAGAUCAACAAAGGAGUGGCUUCAAAAGAAGAUUAAAGGUUUUGGAACAGCCCAGCAAGAGCCCAGACCUGAAUCCAAUAGAAAAUCUGUGGGGUUACAGGAGGCCUGUGCGCAGGAGAUGCUCUUACUGUCAGAAAAUCAGAAGUCGCCUCAUCAGAAGUCAGAAGUACUAGUUUGUGGGUGUUUACAAUUAUGCAACCAGAUUAUACGUUUUUAAAUGUUUUUCAACAGUUUCGGUUUGUUUUUCAGUUUAAUCUUAUAGGUUAUAGGCCACACUAAAGGGUGGAAACAUUUCUGAAAUGAUAUAUCUUGGUUUUGUUUUUUAUGUUACAAAAGCCUUCCAUUUUAACAGGGGUGUGUGGGCUUUUUGUAUCCACGGUGGGUGUGCUGUCAGUCUGAAGAGUGGUGUGAGAGAGGGGUGCUUCUCAAUGAAAGUUUGAUUUGCGUGUUUGGCUGGGUAAUGCCAGCUGAUGAGUGGGCUGAGGUGGUUUCGGUGUACUCAACUGGCAUUAUCGUAUGAUUUUACUGGUGCUCUUUUAUCCUCAAGUCUGGACAAUGUUACUUUUAAUGUUUAUGACUAGUUGCCUCCAUUUACAGCGAACAGAAAUUGUUUUUGUUUUUUUUUUAUUUCUCCCUGAACAUGCCAGGCUUGUGUAGUUUGUUUGAUGAUCACUUUGUGAUAAGAACCUGCAGGUUACACUGUCCGUAGGUAGAGUUACUGCAUAACAAUUCCACGAUGAACACAGCAUUCCUUUAUGUUUGAGGAAGUGAAUCACUUUGCCUUUGUCACUGGAGCGCGUGGUCAGGGGCAGGUGGGGCACGACUUUCGGAGAAAAGCAGCUGUAAAAAAAAAAAAAAAAAUAUUCAGAUGAAGGCAUCUCUUCCA